AGGUGGAGCUUGAGGCCUUGAGCUACCUGGUUGAGUCUUCAGGAUGUUUGGCAGACUUCAGGAAUACAAAGGAAAAUCCAAGUAAUUCUAACUAAUAGAUGGAUAAUGACUACGUGUCACAGUGAUGCUUCAUGCUGAAAGUAGAGUAAGGCUCUUGGAGUGUCAGGAUGAAAUCACAAUUGAACCAUGUUCUAAAAAAAUGAAGUCAACAGAAGGGGCUUACGAGAAACUCUCUGGUGAUGAUAACCAAGGUAUUCAGGAGGAGGUGGAUGCUGAGAGAACAUCAAGUGAUUUGAUGCCAGUGUAUGCCUCAGAUAACCAAGGGCAACAUGAAAUGCAAAAGCAAGAGAAAAUACCUACUGGUAUCCUAGGAAUGUGCAGUGACAUGCUCUUUGAAGAUAAUGUACUGCUUAGUCAGCCAGUUGAUUCAGAAACUGUGCAGAAUAUAAGUCCGCCAUUUACAUCAAUAAAUUACACUAAAGUUGAAGAAAAACAGGACCAUUUUAUUACAAAUAACGCUGGUGAAGAUAAUACUGAAAACAGCAGUACAUCAUUCUUGGUAAAUAGAAAUGAAUCAGAUGAAGAGUUUUUUACAAGCAAAGAAUUUAUUGGACCGAUUUACAAGCCUGCCGAAAGUAACAAACAGGACAAAUCUGGUUGUUGCAAUGAAUGUAGAAGCAGUGAGGGCUAUCAGGAUGAAUUGCACGAAAGCAGAGCUAAAAGAAAGGAGACAAAGCAGAUGCAGGCUAUUUCUUCUGCUGUACCAGAAAUAGAUGAUGAACUGGACCAGUUCUAUAAAGAAAUUAAUCAGCUGGAAAAUGAAAAUUUAGAUACUAAUUUUCAGGAAAAAGAAACUGAAACUUCUCAGGAAAAAUACUUUACUUAUAACUGUAGUCAAACCUUACAGGAGGAUUAUCAACGUGUAUUGUUGGGCACCCCGCAACCAUUUUACGAGAAUAGACAGUGUUUCUUUGGGGAGCAGAGCAGUCAGAAAACAAGCAAUGAGCAGCAGUUUGUCAUGGAAACAAGUGACUGGAAAACUGAAAAUACCUUUAAUGGACAAGUAGAUUCUAAAUAUUGGAACUACUUAGUGCCUGAAUUCAGACCUGCUUGGCAGUCAACAGGGUCUUUCAUAGUACCUCAGGGACCUCUUACGCCUGGAUUCAACCAUCAAUUGCGUUUUCAGAUACUUAAUUCCCCACCACAAAAAAUAAAUGCUCUCCCUUCUCAGGAUGGUGAACUUUCUUACAAAAAUUAUCAAGGUUACCAUGGAAAUGGUGAUAUCAACAAUCACGGUCCAUUGCUUGUUCAAAGUCCCAACUGUGCUGGUGAUACUGAUAUCCAUAAUACUCAGGUCUUCAGAAAUGGAAAUAAUGACCGGAACGGACUCCAAAAGAAUGGUUUCUGUGAAACCAGAGAAGAGUGUUGGAAGGAUCCUAAAGCUGAUGAUUCAGAAGGAAUGCACAGCUUUCCUUCCUCAUGGUUACCUGAAGAAAGAUUCAGUUGUUCACAGAAAUUUCUCCUCAUCUUAAGAGGCUUACCUGGUUCUGGGAAAUCAACACUUUCUCGUAUUCUGCUUGGUGAAAGUCGUGAUGGCAUUGUAUUCAGCACCGAUGAUUAUUUUCGUCAACGAGAUGGAUAUACAUAUAAUGCUACUCAGCUUGGUGAUGCCCAUGAUUGGAACCAGAAGAGAGCAAAGCAAGCAAUGGAGCAGGGAAAAUCUCCAGUUAUAAUAGACAACACUAAUACUCAAGCCUGGGAAAUGAAGCCAUAUGUGGAAGUGGCUCUAGAAAAGGGAUACAGAGUGGAGUUCCAUGAGCCAGAUACUUGGUGGAAGUUUGAUCCAGAAGAAUUAGAAAAGAGGAAUAAACAUGGGGUCACUCGUGAGAAGAUUGCUCAGAUGUUGGAACGAUAUGAGUAUCAAAUAUCCAUACCUAUUGUCAUGAAUUCAGUGGUACCUCCCCACAAAAACACUCAAAGACCACCUCUGCAGCGAAGACAUAGGGAGACAAUUUUAAAGAAUAACCGUGGGCACCUGUUGACAGAAGCAAAGCAGAGGAAAAAACAAAAAAGAAACAAAAAAAUGAAAGGCAAUCGUACAGAAAUUGCGAAGAAAAUGUUAGGCAGAGCAGCUCAUUGUCCAAUUCCAGAUGACCAGGAUGCAUCAGAAAGUGAAGAGGAUGAUUCAGAAGAAGAAAACAGCAAAUCUUUGUGUACAUUCAGUGGAGGUUCAGAGGAUCCAGUAACAGUUUGUGAAGAGCAGCCUAAUGGUGAUGAUGAAAGCCUAAAAGAUGCUGGAGUGGUUUCAAGAGAAAGAUUUCCUGUCACUGUGUCUGAGGUCUCAGUGAUGUCUAACAGUGCACUGGAAAAGGAAUUGCCUGUAGAAAGUGACCGUUCACUUUUAAUAGAUGUAAAACCUUUUUCUACUGAAAACGUAACCAAAAAAUCGUUCAGUGAUGAGGAAACAAAUCAGAAGCACAAAGAAAAUCUUUGCAGAAGCAGUUUUCUAAAAAUAAGCAAUGACAAAAAUUCCAUCCAGGAAACAGAAGGUGUCUCUGAAGAUUAUAACAUGCCACUGUUAAGCACAGAAAACAAACUCAGAUCAUAUCAAAUUAUAUGUGAACCUGACAUGGAAGCUAAGCUGUUAAGUUUGAAUGAAGAAAAAGAAAUCUCUCUGUGUUACAAUUCAAAUGUACAUGAUUACGUGCCUGAUAAUAACACAGAGGACAAAGGUGUAUUAAAAGCAGAAGAGAAUAGCUCUAAUGCCUGGGCAUUUUUUUCACUUAAUUUACCUACUGAGGAAUUGCAGCUGGGCUUUGAUACACAGUUUUCUCUCUCUUCUUGGUCUGAGGAUAAAUUUGUAGGUGAACAAAGACCCAAAAAAGUGAGGAAACCUAAACAGACUCAUAUGAACAGUUCAACACAGCUAAACUGCUAUCAGUCAAAUGGGGGAUUGGUAAAGGAAAACCAUCAGGUAACAGUAACCGAAGAGACUGGCAAUGUAAUAAACAAUGGUCUGUUGGCAUCUCCAGCUGGUGAAGUGCACUUUGAUUCCCUUGUGGAAGCCAGGGCCACCUUCAUGCAGUGUUCUAGUGAAGUAAACGUUCCAAGAAAUGAUUCUGCGACAAUUACAUCAAAGAGGAAAAGAUACAGAAGAAUUGUCAACUUGGCACCAAAGUUUAAUCUACCAAGACAGAUUGCUGGGAGUACAGAAGCAGGGAAGGAAGUCCCAAUAAAAGAUGAUGUUCCCCAAAAAAGUGUUUUGGAAGUGAGACAGAAGAGCUUUCUAAGCAAGGACUGUGGAGAGAAAUGUAAACAGGACCGUGCGUUGCAGGAAUAUUUUGCACCUUACAGUGGCAGUGAGGCAGCCUAUUCCUUACCCACCCUGGAUGAAGAUGCUCUGUUACAUGAUAUUUCUUAUACUCAUUUGGGACAAUCUUCUUCUAUGCCAAAAUAUUCCUGCAGGAUUUGUGUAGUUUCCAGGACAAAGGAGGAGCAAGCUAGAACUUUUAAGCAACAACGGGUAGUUGAUAAAAAAGAGGACAAAAAUGAACAAAUUUCUUCAGAGGUUACAAAUAGCCAACCAGAUAUUUUGUCUUCUGUUAAAGUUAUUUCUGAAUAUCCAGAAGAUUCUAGUAAGCAAGUAGCAAGCGGUGGUGAAAAUGUGCAUGAAGCAGAUGACCCUGAACCAGCAGAGGCCUCACAACUCGAAAAUUACGAAGAUGUGAAUAUGAAAUGUAGUUUUCUGGGACUUCCCUUAUCAUUAGGAUUUGCUUUUCAACUUGUGCAGCUGUUUGGUUCUCCAGGUCUUCCACUGGAAUCCUUGUUGCCAGAUGAUUAUAUAGUUCCUCUUGACUGGAAAGUUUCAAAGAUGAUCUAUUUACUGUGGAAGACCUCUGUGGAGGAAAAACAGAAAACAAAUGGAUUGCAGAGUGGAGGUGCCUUGGCUGAUGAUACUAUUAGUCUUGAAGAUAAAAAUCAGCAAGAGAAUCAAGACUCUUCUGAAACACUUCCAAAAAUUGAGCUGUUUCAAGGAGGGAUAGAGGAGAACAUCGUGACCUACACUAGCACUGGCUGUGUGGAUGUUGUGUUUCAUUAAUGACUGACCAUCUUAAAUUCUGCAUUAAGGAAAAGAAACUUCGCACUUUGAUUCCACCAUGGAAGGACUUCAGUUGGCUGCCAAGGAUUUUAAAUGUGAUGAAUAACCUGGAAGAAAGUAACCACUGUAGAUUUUUGGUGUGAAUCUUUGGCCAUCUUCCCCCCCCCCAGCCACCCAGUAUCAACCUCUCCCUGUAAUAAAAAUCAAAAUUGAGAUAACUUUGUUUUGUGUGGCAGAAGGUCACAUUUUAAAGCCAUUUGGGAUUUAUACCUUCUCAGUACAUCCUUGAGUGUGGUACAGAGAGAUUGAGAGUAGAGACCAGUAAGCAGAAAGAAGGUGUCUGUUGGCAAGAAGCUUCAGGCUCUGGUAUUUAAUUCACUUGUAUCAGGAUCUAAACCAGUACAUGAACUGAUAGUGAUGCCUACCUGCAGGGAAAGGUGCCUGUUACAUGUUUUAUCCUACUUCUGCCUUUCAUCCUGUCAGUCGUAAUUACAUCCCAGUCUCUUUACAAUGUCAAGUGACAAAAGUCUUUAAUCAUUCCUAUUCUUUCAUCCAGAGGUGCACAACUUACCAUGUUUUCUUCUGAGACCAGGCUUAAUGCUUCCCUUCAACUAGAUUCUUUUGGGACUAUGAACAUAAGGAGAAAAUUUCACUGUAGACCUGAUUCAAACGCACUGGAGGAAAUAUGUGUAUGGUUUGUGGUACGCUGAUAAGACCUAUAAUUAACAUUGGUAAUCAGUGAUUUGAUGUUUUUGUUGGUGUUUUUUCCAGUUUUUACUUAAAAUUCUGGUGAUGUGAGGAGAAAUUUAAGCUAAGAGCAGUUCUUUCCUUCUUUUCUUUCUUUUUUUUUUUAAUAUUGUUUUUUUUUCUCAAAGUUAAGGGUGGUGUUUAUUCCUCAGAUGGAACAGUAACCUUACUAUUAACAACUCCAUUACUGAGAAAAUUAUCCCAGUAACACAGGUAGAGUGUUGAUUUGCUAGGGAAGACAAGCAGCAGAAAUUAGUAAAACCUUGACAGUAAAAAUCUAAAAUUUUAUUCAUAUAAAUGUCUAUAUAAGGCCCACAGAGCUAUCAGAAAAAUGGGAAACAUUGACAUAUGUAGAGUGAGCUAAAUUACAUAGAUGAUGAAUUUCAUCCCAUGUUUUUAAAACACAAUUUCAUUGGGGGGGGGUUUCCCAAUGUGAUUGUAUUCAUGUAUGUUCUGGUUUUUUUUGGGUUUUUUUUGUGGAGACUGUAAACAGGGUGUGGCUUCUCCACCAGCUCUCUGUCGCUUUUGCUUUUCUGGAGAAGCACAAAAUUGCCCUGAUGUAUUGCUGCGCUCCAUAAAAUGUUGCAAUGUGUUCUGUGCAUCUAUCUUUAAAGCAGUGCUUGUGAUGCCCGGGAAUGGAGUGCUGAGGGUAGACCCAGUUUAUGAUGCUGUGGUGGCUGGCACUUUCACCUGUAGAAGGACAUGAGUGUAACCACAAACAGGAGGAGGGAAGCAGAAAGCAAGAGGUAUGGUGGGAUGGACCAGAAAAAGAAAGGGCCUGUGGAGUCAGGAAGAUCAUGAAGGAUAGCUAUGGAUGAGAAAAAUCGUGAGUGCUUGAUGAAAUAGCAAAUAAUGAAGGUGAGAGGGGCAAUAGAGUAUGCAGAGAGUGGAAGGACAAAUCAAAUGACACCUAGUUAACAGUUAAUCAGAAGAUUUAUCAGAAAGAGUAACCUCUGACAAUUAUAAGACAUGCGUAAAGCUGGAAAAUUCUUUGUAGUUGAGAGGGAGUGACAGAAAAGACAACUAUCACCUCACUUAUGGUGAAAAGGAUGAGAAAAGGUCAGUAAGAGGAGAAGCAAGGAAGCUUGGGUGGUGUGUACUUGUCAGAAAGAAUAUACCUCACUUUCACACCUUCCAGAUCCAGAAUAUAUAUCCAUUUAUUCAUUCAUCUCCUCUUCCUCAUCUUUCUCUGCACCCUUUCCAUUGUGCAACAGCUGAAGAGCCAGAUUGCAGUCAUGCUGAAGCUCCACUGUGGUCUAAAUUGCUGAUGUGUCCCUACUCUCCACUUAAACAAAUACUGCGUAUGCGUGUAGGCAGUUAAAGAUGUAUGUAUCUCUAAAUGUUCCACCAUUGGUGAAAUUUAUUGGCUGUACUUUUUUCAUGCAUUUCUCAUGUAUGUGUGAUUUUAAUUUUUUUUUCCUUUCUCCUUUCCUUGGCUGGAAAUGUGUUGCUCUUACACAAGCAGAUUGUUAUGCAAAAGGUAACGGGGAAGAGGAAGGUAAUUCGUGCCAGCCAUAACCACAGCUUCGGACUUACCUGAGGUACCAGUGCCAACAGAAAAGUUAGUUUGAUUUCAAGAAAAUGCCACUCAAGGAUUAAUACCUUCUUCCUACUUUUAUUUAGAAACAAAUCUGAA